AUGGAACACUCGGACAGCAGCGACCCCAACGGGUUCGUCAAUAAAGUCUUCAACGUGUCUCUGGAUGUGCAGAAUGAGACCGGCACCGUAUCUAUCCAGGAGACUGGGAAGGGAGAGGGACAGGGUCCAGGCCAAGCCCAGGGACAGUGGCAGGGGGCUGGGGAUAUACAGGCAGAGACCCAGGCACCCCCUCAGACCCCUGGGAAGGAGGAGCACCCGGAUGUCAACCGUAGACCAAGAGCUACAGGGGGCAUCUGGAAGAUCUUGACCCGGCGUAAAGCGGCCUCAGAGCUGGAUAACAGAAGACCUCACUCCAUGAUCCUCCCUGGAGAGGCGGCCUCUAUCCCUAAACUGUCCUUCGCUGACAAGGUCCGCUCCAUCAAGAAGCUCCGCUCUCCAGGUGUCUUCAAGGGGAGGAUGGGGAAGAUGUCUUGGUCCAGCGCUAAGUUCAGAGACGGAGAGACGGAGGGCAACUCGUUCUGCCAGGACUUCCUUCCCUCGCACGCCCUGCACCCCGUUAGGAGCACACUCCGCCACCGCGCGAAGAGGCACUCGUAUGCCGGACACACCGCCGAGUUCGACUGCUCAUUUGAGGACAUAGAUCUGACAGCUACGCUGGACAGACACCAUCUUCCCUCGCUAGUGGAGCCUGUUACCCAGAACAGCUCUGAGCCCACAGAGAGAGCCUCCUACACCAAGAGAUGUCAGGUCCAGGCUCAGGCGCAGGCCAACCACUCCUCUAACUGUAACAGUACCUCAGCAGGAGUGUGUGUGGAGCAGAGUGUGAGGGGCAGCCCCAAGGCCCCGCUGGGUGGGAGGAGGUCUAAGGGAGCUGACGUGUGGAGUUACCUGAGGAGGAUCUCUGUCCUGGGGAAGGGGAACCCGGCCUACUCAGAGAGGAGUUUUGACUCAGAGCUCCACACACUGGACAAGACCAUGGACUCUGACUACGGCUCGGUGGACUUCGAGAGCAUCAGGGACUUUCACCCAGCGGCUCCAAAACACUCUGACAGCAAAGGUGGACAUUUUGGGGGUCUGAUUAAGUUCUUCAGCAACGUUGCGGGGACGGCUAGAAAAUGGCGGAUGUCUUCUCACUCCUUCUCUCCUCCAGAGGGGAGAGGGGAGCGGUCGCCACUGGGCCACCCCAGAGCAGGGCAGCGUCUGGGGGACUACGUCCACAGUGUUUCCCAGACCCUCCGCAGUGAGGACCACCCAGAGUGUCCCCUGACACCCGGCUCACCCCUGACCCCUCACCCCCCUCGCUCCCCUGCCUGUGACCCUGCCUCACCCCCUCCUCUGAUAGGCAGACGGUCUCCUCAGGUGGUGCUGAAGGCCUGGAGGGUGUGUCCGGACUCACCGAGCGUUAACGGCCUGGUGUGUGUGAGCUCAUUGGAGAUGGCCAGACAGACAGUCAGACAGACAGAGAGACAGACACGGCACACGUCUGUAGCUACAGUAGAGAAACACGUGCCACACUCAAGGCUGGAGAGAGAGACUCAGAAAGAGACAGAAGUACACAGAGACCCCUUAGAAUGUCUGUCUACAGUGGAAGAGAGAGAAAGAGAGGGAGGAGAGAGAGGAGAGGGAGGAGAGAGAGGAGAGGGACACUCAGGAAAUUAUCUGGAUUCCAAGGAUGCUCUACCUGUCUCAGAUCAGACACACCUUCCAAACGGCCAAUCAGAGUUACGGGAAGGAGAGACCGUAGCCACUAGGGAGCCAGCAGGAAACUGCCACCAGGAAGUAUUUAAGGUGAGUAUGUUGAUGAUAAACAUGAAAACUGUUUUAUGUUCAACACCCCUUAUCGAAAAAAACAGGCUUCUGGCAAACAGUUGUAGCAAACCUUUGGCCAAUUUGCUGCAAAUUUGCGGCAAGUUCAUAUUUUCACAUGCAAAUUAGUUUUGUGGCAAACUGUUGCGGCAAAUUUGAGGCGACUUGUAAACUUCUGGCAAACAAUUCUGGGAAACUUAAUUAACAUUCUACUGUUUGCUGCAAAAAUAAAUCCAAUACAAGUUGAAAUCAUCAGCAUGCUAAUGAAGAAAAGAGCAAAGACUGGAUAUUUCCCAAAUAUAUUGAUUAUUUAAUAUUUGUAUCUAGCUACAUUCACAUGAGAAAAAUGUGAACACUAUGGGGAUGUUGACCUUAUGAUGUUUAAAUGGGCAACUGCAGAAUUUACAUGAGGUAAGUGUUAAUUGAGCAAUAGCUUUCAACCAAUGUAAGUUUAAAAGAUCAUUAACAAAAUGUAAAUAAUUUAAACAACAAAAACUAAAUAAAUCCCAGUUCAGAACUAUUGCCUUUUUGAGUGAACUUUGGAGAUGGCGGCCCCGUGGAAGUCCUUCGUCCAAAGCUUGUUGAAUACAUGAACUGAAUCAAUCAGAAAACACAAAACAAAAACAAAAUUAGGAUACAGAAAACAAUGACUGAUUGAAGGCCUCAGUCUGUCCUCAGUUUGAUUGAAGGCCUCAGUCUGUCCUCAGUUUGAUUGAAGGCCUCAGUCUGUCCUCAGUUUGAUUGAAGGCCUCAGUCUGUCCUCAGUUUGAUUGAAGGCCUCAGUCUGUCCUCAGUUUGAUUGAAGGCCUCAAUCUGUCCUCAGUUUGAUUGAAGGCUUCAGUCUGUCCUCAGUUAAGAUUGAAGGCCUUGUAACUGAUUGCUUCUAGAAAGAGAGAAGGAACAACACAUGAUCAAGAUGAGCUACUAGUUUAAAGCAAUUAAAUAUCUAAUUGUAAAAAAAAAAAAUGAAUGUAUGGGCUACAUUUAUGAGAAUAAUAAAUGCAUUUGCUUACUUUAUCAAGCUUGAAGAUGAUACACUCAAAAAAAAGUGUUAUGAGGGAGUGCACCACAAACAUCUUUCCAGGGUGUUGAUGCAUCCUUCUACCAAUACAGCCUCUUCCAACACCACAGAUAGCGGAAGGGUAUACAUCUGCAAAAGUGAAGUCUUGCUUGGAUGUCAAGUCAGCUCAUAUUGUUGCUACCUUAGCUGUUGUGCUAGCUAACAUACUAUUGAACAGUGAUACUAGCAUAUUGAAAUGCAUAUUGGUAUUAAAAGACAGCAACGUAUUCACAAAAAAAUAUAAUUGUUUAGGCAAAUCAUUAGUUAGCUAGCUAGCGAUCAUAUGAAUUGUGCAAAAAUAUGAUAGCUAAUGUUAGCUAGCUAGCUAAGCGCUAGCCAACUAGCUAAGCGCUAGCCAAACGCUAGCCAGUCAGUGGCGCUGACAGAUUGAAACUGGUAUCAACAAAAUGUGUUUCACUCUAUCCCAUAAAACAUGACAUUGCUAACUAGCCAUCAAUGAACUAACACAAUUUUUAAGUUUAUUAGGAGGUUUAAUUAAUAAGUUCACUCACUGGACAUCUUUGGUAGAUAGCUAGCUUGGUUUCCAUUUUCCAGCACAUUUUUCUAAUCCCCUUAAUUGCUCGUCAAUGGUUACUGGCUUUGAAGUCAUGUGUUCACCAGAAAUGGCUUCCGGUAAACUGUUUGCCACUGCUGGCAAUAAAUAUUGUAUUAUAUUAUAUUAUUUACCGCAGAUUCACCACUAGUGGCAAACAAUUGCAAACUUCUGGCAACAUUUUGUGACACAAUUUUGCCACAAUUUGCCACAAACAUUUUUGUAAGGGACUGCAAAUAGUCAAUUCAGGAAUGAAUUCAAAUAGUUAUUUGUAAUCUGCCUGGUAAUGAUCAAAUGUGUUAUUGUAAGUCAUCACCUCAUUUUAUUCAGUGCUAUCAAAUCAUUCAUUCAUUCUACGUCAUUAUCAGAUCCUGUCAUGUAACUAUUACAUAACUAUAACAUUACAACAUUGUCUCAUUGUUAACCUUUUUAACCUUGUUAAACAUCAUCAUUCUUUUGCUUUUUAAAAACAAUAGAAAUCAUCUAAAUGCUUGAUGCAAGUCUCGUAACAGUUACUUUACAACGUUGAAUAAGUAGGCUAUAGGUCUGUUAGAGGUUGUGGGUAAUAUUCAGAGAGCAGCGGGUAUGUUGUGGGUAUUCUUUUGCCCCAUCUGUUGGCCAGAGGAGGAAGUAGAGUCAGCGCUCUCUGUGUGGAGUGUUAGUUAGACCACAGUAGUCUGUCUUUCCUACCCCUUCCUGUCUCCUCCACACAUAAACACACCAGCAAAUCUUGUCCUAAAAAAACAUGGGAAUCUAGUUCUAAAAGUGGUUCCCAACCCAGUCCUCAGGGAUCCCUUAGACAUUCCACGUGUGUUCUAUUCCAGCCCCAGCUAGUCAACUAAUUUCCAAGCCCUCAAUUAGUAACAUCAGGCAUGGUAGAGCAAAUAUGUGCUACAGAAAACAGUGUGUGUGUGUGACUGCCCCCACCCUAACUGCAGCUCUCCUCACAGAUUAGUCAUCUCAUCUCCCCUCCGGUCUCUCUCUCACAGCAAGUCAGGACACGUCAGUCCCUCCUAUACUGCAUUACAGUGAGUUAGAGUAAUACUGGGCUUGGUCUAACAGAGGAUUUUCCUGUGAGGAAACUAAAAUGGAAAUCAGGGUUGUGAAUGGAGUUAGAUGGAAUUGUUUCUUACAUAGAACCAGAUUGAUUGAUUGAUCGAUUGAUGGAUUUAUUGAUUAAUUAAUUGAUUGUUUAUUGAUUGAUUGGUUGAUUGAUUAGGGAGCUCUAUCAGGCAGUGUUUUGAGGAGACCCAGGUCAGUCCAGUCCUGUUCUAGUCCAGUGAAGACCCCUGCCCCUCCCAAGCCCCCAUACCCUCGCCCCCGUCCUGCCUCAGCCCUGGUCGACCUCCAAGUCUGCAGUCCCUUCCCAGAGGGCUGUAUGUUUGCCGUUACUCAGCAGGCCGAGGGGGGCUCUCUGUGCCGGCACAGACGCAGGCCCGGUCCCAUGAUGCACCUCUCGCCGGGUCGAAGACGGGCGGGCGGUCUGGCCAGGCCAUGCUCUGUCAUAGAGCCCUCAGUUACCGUGAGUCACAGAGUAAGACCUCACACACACACACACAAACAUACACACACACACACACACACAUGGAUCCCUAGUCCCAACAUGUACUGAAUAAGACCUCGUACACACACACACACACACACACACACACACACACACACACACACACACACACACACACACACACACACACACACACACACACACACUAUCCCACUGCUGAGAGAAUGAAAGUGGGAAUCUGACCAGUCUCUGCCAACUCUCAUUUAAAUAUUGGCUGUAGUCCUCCUGGCUGGUAGGGCCAGUAAUGAAUCAACCACACCACGCGCUGCACGCUUUGAUGGGAGGUGAUUACAAACCUUGUAUUUAUACCCUCCUACUCUACAAAAAUGCUGCACGCUCUGUCCCAUUUCUAGAAGGCUGUAUUCAUACAUCCUCCUUUCCUUCAGCUGCUCUUCCUCUGCUUUCUCUGCUUUUUAAUAUUCUUGAUGGUUCUCUCUCUCUCUCUCUCUCUCUCUGUCCGUGGCCAAUGUUCUGCCUCACCGCUCCCAUACGUUCUGUCCAUUCUUUAUUCCCUCAUUAUAAUAACUCACACUCUGAACUUUUCACCUGGAGACACAUUCACCUGACUGGUUGGAAUGAUUCAUAUUGUAUCACCUGACUGGUUGGAAUGAUUCAUAUUGUAUCACCUGACUGGUUGGAAUGAUUCAUAUUGUAUCACCUGACUGGUUGGAAUGAUUCAUAUUGUAUCACCUGACUGGUUGGAAUGAUUCAUAUUGUAUCACCUGACUGGUUGGAAUGAUUCAUAUUGUAUCACCUGACUGGUAGGAAUGAUUCAUAUUGUAUCACCUGACUGGUUGGAAUGAUUCAUGUUGUAUCACCUGACUGGUAGGAAUGAUUCAUAUUGUAUCACAAGGUUGUAUCACAAGGCAUGCACUCAGAACCUGUGCACCAGAAUAUACUGUGGGUUUUAAAUGUACUUCACUCUGAGAAGGAAAGAAGAUGUAUUGUUUGGGGGAUCUGUAUGUACUGUAUGUGAGAGACGUUUGGUGUGUGUGCAUGCUUGCGUAACGGUCCAGUGUGUUCCAGGCCCUGUCUCGUCCCCCGGGGGUGUCACCUUUAGAGCCCCCCCUCAGAGUGUCUCUUCAGAGGUGUCACUCCCUCCCUCUCCCCCCCAGCACCAUCACUACUCUGACCCUGUUCCCGGGACACACAGGUACUAGAUGAGUGUGUGUUGUAUUUGUAUUUUCUUGUCCUACAGGCUGUGUGUACACAUGCCUGCCUGCCUGUGUCAGUGUGUGCAUGUUGGUGUACGCAUGCUUGUGUGUGGUGGUUGAACUGUCUGUGUGUCUGUCCCCUUCAGCAGACACCCUGUCAUCCUCAGUGUGUCUUGGUGAUGGAGAGACUGGCAGCUGCAGGAGGAGACUGCUCAGAACAGGCUCUGGUUCUGGUCCACUACAAGUCAACAUC